UCCGCCGCCACCGCCGCCGCCGCCGAGCGAUUAACUCCUCUCCUCCUCCUGCACGUCGUCGUCGUCGUCGUCUCUCUGCACGCGAGAAAACGGGAGAGGCGGCCGGCGCGGCGCGCGGCCACUAGUCAUCCCGCCAGGGCGCGCGCCAUGUCUCUGCACGCUCGCGUCGCGCUCUUCGCCGCCGCGCUCGCCGCCGUCCUCGCCGCCUCCACCGCCGGCUUCAUCUCAAAUGAGGCGGUGGGCGCGUCGUCGGCGGCGAGCGGCGGCGCGGGGCGGAGCUUGCUGCAGGCGAAGAAGGAUUGCCCGGUGAACUUCGAGGAGGCGAACUACACGGUGAUCACGAGCAGGUGCAAGGGGCCGAUGUACCCGCCGGCGCUGUGCUGCCAGGCGCUCAAGGACCUGGCGUGCCCCUUCACCGCCUACAUCAACGACGCCCAGACCACCUGCGCCGCCUCCAUGUUCAGCUACAUCAACCUCUACGGCAAGUACCCGCCGGGCCUCUUCGCCAACACCUGCAAGGAGGGCGCCAAUGGCCUCGAGUGCCCCGAGGACACCCCCCAGAUGAAGCCCGGAGAGGACAAGGCCGCCUCCUCCGCCGCCGCCAUUGUCGCCGCCGUCGCGCGGCCCGUGCUCGCCGCCGUGUCCGCGUUCUUGAUGCUUAUCGUGUCCUGAAUGAUCGACCCCAUCGAUCAUAUGUAUAUCUGAAAUUAAUUAAUUUCUGCACUGCACAGGGUGGUACGACGUAAUUAAUCUAAUUAAUUAAUUAAUUAACCUGUUAUUUCCGCUCUUGCAGUUGCUUGUGGAUGUGGUAGUCAAAUUCGGAGCUCCUGUAAUCCGAAUGCAUGUGUUUAUCAUUAUAUGCUAGAGAUCCCAGAAGAUUGCCACCAUUAA